AUAAUAUUUUGUAGACUUAAGUUUGUAAUAAUAAUAAUUUAUAAUGAAGUUGGUGCUAAUUUUUUCAUUAGUGGUGCUGGUUGUUAGUGCCAUGCCCAAUGGCCAAGCACCUGAGGGUCAGACCUGGGUGGUAUUGUGCUCGGGUGGUAUUGGCUGGGGCAAUUACGCUAUCUCGUCCAACGUGUACCACGCCUACCAAACUGUGAAAAAGCAAGGUAUCCCGGAUAAAAACAUCAUAGUCAUGCACUACGAUGACCUGGCUAAUUCCAAGUCAAAUCCCACACCCGGUGUGGUUGUAAAUGAACUGAACGGUACCGACGUCUACAAGGGUGUGCCCAAGGAUUACGUCGGGGCUGAUGUCAUCCCGCAGAAUUUCUUAGACGUUAUUAGCGGAGAAGCAGCGCUGGAAGCAAAGGGCAAACGUGUUGUCAAGAGUGGACCCAAAGAUAAUAUAUUUGUCUAUUUUAUGGAUCAUGGAUCCCAGGGAUCCGUAUUGUUCCCGAAGGGCUACCUAUACGCUGAUGACCUGAACAAUAGGCUUAAGAAAAUGAACCAGGAGCAAAAGUUUGCCAAGCUCGUUUUCUAUUUGGAAGCCUGCGAUUCAGGAUCCAUGUUUGAGAAACACUUGCCCACCGAUAUUAAUGUGUACGCAAUUACCUCAUCAAGGUACAAUGAAUUGAGCUGGAUGUGCACCCAUGACACUUAUAGAAAGACUUAUCUAGGCGGUUGGUUUGGCGUGAACUGGCUGUUUGACAGCGAGCACAAUGACCCGCAAGUGGAGAUCCUUGAUAAACAGUACAAUUAUAUUGUCGAGCACAAUAAUUUCACCAUGGAUAAUGCGACACACUCUCAAAACGCGCAACAUUAUGGUGAUUUGAAAAUCGCCCAGCAACAUAUUUCCGACUUUUUGGGUGCUAAAAAGGUGCCACCUACCGGUGCCAAUAGUGUGGCUGUGCCCGCAAAUGCCGAGUUUGUGAACUUCCGGGACAUUCCCAUUAAAUUAGCCGAAAAGAACAUUCAGUCCACUAAUGAUAUCUAUGAGAAGCAAAUAUAUGUGGAUGAAUUAUCUCGAUUACUGAAGGGUCGCCAAUACGUUGACAAACAUUUGCGGGCAUUUGUGGAUAGCGUGCACCACAUGACCCGUUUGGACACCAAUGCUCUGUUGAAUAGCAAACUCGAGUUAUCCGAAGACAUGACUUGUUAUAAGAAGUUUGUCGACACCUUCCACGAUAAGUGCUUCAAUAUGAACAAGAAUACUUAUGCAUUCAGCAAGAUCCAUGUGUUUAACAACAUUUGUAAUCAAAUGAUCAAUGACAAUCAUGUCGAUGUUGCCGUUGCCUUUUUGGGGCAGUAUUGUACCCAGAAUAGUGUAUCAGGGUACAUGACAAACAUUGAAUAAAUAUGUAGCGG